AUGAGGCCUAUUUUGCUUUCGGGCCAUGAACGGUCCCUCAACCAGAUCAAAUUCAACCGUGAUGGCGACCUUUUGUUUUCGGUAGCGAAGGAUAAGAUUGUGUGCGCUUGGUGGUCGGCUAACGGCGAGCGACUCGGUACCUAUAACGGACACCAGGGUGCUAUCUGGACCGUCGAUGUGAGCCCCAACACCGUUCUCCUGGCCACCGGAUCGGCAGACAACACCGUGCGACUAUGGAACGUGAAGACUGGCGAGUGUAUUAAGGUGUGGGACUUCCCUACGGCUGUCAAGCGGGUCGAAUUCACUCCGGAUGGAAGCCGGCUGCUGGCCGUCACAGAGAAGCGUAUGGGCUUCUUGGGUACCAUCGCCGUGCUCGAUAUCAACUAUGAGGACUUGGAGGCUCAGGCCGAGGAACCCAGCUUGAGGAUCACCUGCACAGAGAGCAAGGCAACAGUUGCGGGCUGGAGUUAUUUGGCCAAGUACAUCAUUGCUGGCCACGAGGACGGUAGCGUCAGCCAGUACGAUUCGAAGACCGGUGAGCAGUUGGAGAACGUUCAGGCACACGAGUUCGACAACUUGAUCAGCGACAUUCAGUUCUCCGCAGACCGCACAUAUUUCAUCACCGCUUCCAAAGACAAGUCCGCCAAGCUCAUUUCCAGCCGUAACCUCGCCAUCCUUAAGACCUAUGUUGCCGACACUCCCCUCAACAGCGCUGCUAUUACGCCUAAGAAGGAAUACGUGAUCCUUGGUGGUGGUCAGGCUGCUAUGGAUGUCACGACUACUUCCGCUCGUCAGGGUAAAUUCGAGGCUCGUUUCUACCACAAGGUCUUCGAAGACGAGAUUGGCCGUGUCCGUGGCCACUUCGGUCCCCUCAACACUGUCGCUGUCCACCCUAACGGUACCGCCUACGCCUCUGGUGGUGAGGACGGUUACGUUCGUGUUCAUCACUUCGACAAGCCCUACUUUGAUUUCAUGUAUGAAGUGGAGAGGGAGCAGCUGCGCAAAUAA